UUUUUUUUUUUUUUCAUCUACAUCUUGCAUCAACAGUAACAGCACCUUUUACACAUCUACUCUACAUCAGCGUACAGACACACAGCCAUGGGUCUACAGAUCUAUGACUUCGUGGCCCUCUUCUUCACGAUCAUGCUCGAUAUCUUCUUCAGAGAGAUUCGGACUCGUGGUGCACACAAGGUGCCGAAGCAGGGUCCCGUCAUCUUUGUCGCCGCUCCCCAUGCCAACCAGUUCGUCGAUCCUCUGGUUCUAAUGCGGGAAUGCGGCAGACGAGUCUCGUUUCUGGCCGCCAAAAAGUCAAUGGAUCACAAGUGGAUCGGUGCUAUGGCGCGUCCGAUGAAUGCCAUUCCUGUCGAACGUCCUCAGGACUUGGCAAAGGCUGGCUCUGGAACAAUCAAGCUACUGGACCGUUAUGGCGACCCUCUCCGCAUCACAGGACUCGGCACAAAGUUCACAAAGGAGCUUCUGGUCGGAGAUCAGAUCACAUUACCAAAGGAUGUUGGCGCCUCAGCAGUUGUUGAGAUUAUUUCAGAUACGGAAUUGAUCGUCAAGAAGGAAUUCAAGGAACUCAAGGCACUCGAGCUUUUGACUAGCGCCGAGGGAUCCAAGUACAAGUGCUUACCACACAUGGACCAGAGCAACGUUUACAGGACUGUCUUCGAGCGCCUGAAUGCUGGCCAUUGUGUGGGUAUCUUCCCCGAGGGAGGCUCCCACGACCGCGCUGAAAUGUUGCCUUUGAAAGCUGGUGUGACUAUCAUGGCUCUUGGUGCUUUGGCUGCCAAUCCUUCGCUGGAUCUCAAGAUUGUUUGCUGUGGCCUGAAUUACUUCCAUCCCCAUCGAUUCCGUUCCCGCGCUGUUGUCGAGUUCAGCGAACCUUUGACUGUCCCUCCAGAGUUAGUUGAGAUGUACAGGAAGGGUGGCGCCGAUAAGCGAGAGGCCUGCGGGAAGCUCCUAGACACAAUCUAUGACACUUUGAAAAACGUUACACUGAAUGCCCCUGAUUAUGAGACUUUGAUGGUGAUCCAAGCUGCUCGCCGCCUUUACAAACCAACACAUCGCAAGUUACAGAUCUCUCAGGUUGUGGAAUUAAACCGCCGCUUCGUUGCCGGCUAUCUGCACUUCAAGGAUAACCCAAAAGUCAUCGAGACCAAAGACAAAGUCAUGCACUACAACACCCAGCUUCGGUACCAUGGCCUUCGCGACCAUCAGGUCAACAUUCGCAACACGAGGAGACACGCUAUCGCGCUGCUGAUCUGGCGAGUCGUUCAGAUGGUCUUCCUGAGUAUUUUGGCGCUCCCUGGAACGCUUAUGAACCUUCCUGUCGCGAUUGUCGCCCGAAUCAUCAGUAACAAGAAGGCAAAACAGGCUUUGGCUGCAUCUACGGUCAAGAUUGCAGGGAGAGAUGUUUUGGCCACCUGGAAACUGCUGGUCGCGCUCGGAUUGAUGCCUGUGCUCUACUUUUCGUAUUCCGUUAUCGUCUUUAUUAUCUGUGGCCGCUUUGACAUUUCGCUGAUGUCCCGUCUGUUGAUCGCCUGGGCGGCCUGGGCUUGCAUUCCCUUCGUGACCUAUGCCAGCAUCCGUUUUGGUGAGGUUGGAGUCGACAUCUUCAGAUCGAUUCGACCCCUCUUCCUGUCGAUCAUUCCAGGCGAAGAAAACACCAUCAAUGAACUCCGUAGGUCGCGCGCGGAACUGCAAAAGACUAUCAACGAACUCAUCAACGAACUAGCACCUGAAAUUUAUCCGGACUUUGAUUCGAAGCGCAUCUUGGAUCCCUCGCCAAACGACCGACCCAGUCGUGCAGCCUCUCGUGCCGCCUCUCGUUCAGCCUCUGGCACUAACUUGGCGCAGACGAUCUUUAACACGGUCAAUACAGCUGCUCAGCCUAUUAACCAGUGGCUGGGUAUCGAUGGUCGUUUCGAGUGGGAACGUGCAGACGACUCGGAUGCGGACGACGUAUUCUUUUUCCUCAACCCUGCAGGCGCGAUUCAGGGACGAUCGAGGACAUCUUCUUGGGGGGCCGGCGCAUGGACACCUUCUGCAGAUGGCACUCGAUCUAGGAGCCGCAGUCGGACAAGUUCUUUUACGUCGGGUCAGAUUCAGUUGGGGGAAGGAUUUAAGCUAGAAGCAUUGACGGAACUGCCAAAGGACAAGCCGUUUGCGGAGGUGACCCGACGACUCAGUCUGAGUCGCAAGCAGAAGCAUGGACUGGGAGAUAUGAGCAAGGCUGGUACAGUUGAAAUUGAGAAUGGUGGAGGAUUCAUGCACGAUGGACAUUUUGUCAGCACGCCACCGAUCACUAUUCAAAACAUGGAUGAUCCCAUGGACGCUGUCAAGUCAAAAGAGGCAUAGGACGUCUGCUGCCCUUCGCUUCCCGUCUCCCAUCCCCACUCUGUUUUUCUUUUUCUUUUUUUUUGCUAUGUGCUAUUUUUGUUAUCCUUUUCUUGUUCACAUAUCUUGAGCUGGAGCGAGGUUUGCUCUAUUUCAACGUUACGAUACCUAUUCCUCUCCUAUUC